AUGAAUCUUCCAGAAGAUCGUCAUCCACUUUUAUACGUGUACGUUGACGUGGAUCAUCAACAACCGGGAAAAAUAAGGAGUAGAUGCAUAUCACGUGGUGCUUCUGUUGUUUUGGGAAAAUGGCCGGAUCAUUUAACAUUCAGUUGGGUUUUGGGCGUUUUGGGUCUCGUUUCUCUUCUCACUUGUUUUCUUUUGGUUAUUGUUGCCCUUGCCAUGUCGUCUUCCGGUCAUCACAAUGGAAAAAGGGCUUUGAUUGAUAAAUGCGAAAGAAACGCACACGUCGUACAAUUCGUUCACAUGAAAAAUUUAGAAGAUUUGACCAUAAAUGAAAACGCAACGUAUUUCGUUGAAAUAUACAUAAACGAAACAAAAGCAAAUGAAAGUUUAUGUUCGGUUGAAUCGUACCUGAGACAAACGUCAUCUCCGGUUUAUCUGGUUCUUAUACUAUCAAAUUCAUCAUCCAAUAAUGAAAAUAUAAAAUUAUAUGAAAAACUCGAGAAAACGUAUAAAAACUUUAUGACGAUCACAUUCGAUUUGAAUACAUUUUUUAAUAAAACAUUAUUUGCCGAUAUACAAACAAACGAUCCAAUAUUUCUUAAAUUUUUAGCUAAAAUAUUAAUUUCGUGGAACGUCGGCGGUACCGUUACGGAUACAACAAUACUAACCCUUAAUAAUUUCGAUAAAUUAUUAAAUAAUGAUAAUUCGGACAUGAUCAUAGGAAUCCACGAUGGACAACUCGUUUUAUUAUCGACAAAAAGAUUUUGUCACGCUUACAUAUUCGAUUUGUUAAAAACAAUUUCCGAAACUAGAAACAUAUUAAAAUAUUCACAAAUAAACAUAAUUGAUGCGGCUAAAAAACGUUUUUGCCGCGGUUUAUGGAAUUGCGCCGUAUGUGAAAAAAAAAUUGUGAUGAAAUGA